AUGAAUAAACUAAAAGAGAAAAAAAAAAUCAAAAAGGUGAGAUAUGAUAAAAGUGAAUUUUCUCAAAGAAAAGAAAAAGUUCAUAAUACCAGUCAACAUGUUAAUACAUUAGAAAUUAAAGAUGGCCCAAAAUGGAGGAAUAAAAAUGAGAAAAAAACUCAAAUUAAUAUAAAAAAUGAUUUACUUGAUUUAAAAAAUAAUAAAAAUACAUGUAACACUAAAAGCGAUAGUAUCAAUAAAACAUAUGAUAAAGUUGAAGAAUUAACAAAAAAUAAAAAAAAAAUUUUAAAUGAUAAUAACAACUAUUUUUCUAAAAUAGAAAGCAAAAGUUUAUCAAAUAUUGAUUCUCCUAGUUGUAUUAAUAAUAAGAGUAAAAUUAUUGAUAGAAGAAAUUGUAAAGGAAAAAGUAAAAAAUUGAAAAUAGGAAAUAAUGUAUAUAGUAAAACAGGAUUUAGUAUAACAGAUUUAAAAAAAAAAAAAAUUAUUGAAUUAACUGAUAGUAAGAAAUUGUUAAAUGACAAAAAUUUAAAAGAAAAUAAACUUGUAAAAAAUAAGAAAAUAAUAAAGAAUACAUGUAAAAAAUAUAAACCUGAAGAAUUAGAAAAUAAAAAAAGUUUUAAAAAUAAUUUUUCUGAUGUUUCUAUUAAUUUAGAAGAAAAUUUAAAUAAUAAGAUGGAAUCUAAUUAUUUAUUAAGUUCUUUAGCUAAAAAAAAAAAUAAAAAAAAUAUUUUUUUAAAAAGUUUAAUUAGAAAAAAAAACAUUGAUUCUGACGUAAAUAAUUCAAAAACAAAUAGCCUUUUUUAUUUACAUUCUUUAAAAAAUAAUAAUUUAAAUCCUUUAAAGAAUAUUAGUUAUAAAUUUAAAAGUAGUAAAGGUUCAGGAUCACUUUUCAUGUAUGAAAAAAAUACAAAAGCUGCAUAUUUUACAAAUAGUAAUGAUAAUAAAAGUUAUAAUUUUAAUUAUAAAAAUGAUAUAAAUAAAGAUAGAAACUCAUAUUCAGAUACAAAUAUAAGUUAUUCACCCCACCAAAAAAAAAGAAAAAAAAAAAAUAUUUAUAACAUAUUGUUUUAUGAUGAAUGUUUUAAGGAUUAUCAAUAUAAUAAUGAAGGAAAUACUCAAAUUAAUAAUAUCUCGAAAAUUUAUGAAUUAUUUUUUAAUGUGUAUAAAAAGAAAAAGUUAAUUAACUUUGAAAAAAAUAAAAUAUUUUUAAAAAAAAAUAUUUUUUUUCCUUAUGCAAAUUAUAAUUUAUCUUUAAGAAGUAUUCAAAAAAGAAAAUACAAUCUUAACUUUAAAAGAGACAAAAAUUUUAAAAUUAAGAAAAAAAACAAUAAAAUAAUAAAAAAAGAGGAGAUAAAAAUACAAAAAAAUACAUUAAAUAAUAAGAAUUCUAAUGAGUGUCUUAACAUACAGAAUAAAAAUAAAUAUACCCUAUUCCCAAAUGACUCCAUAGAUGAAAAGGAAUUAAACAAAAUAAAAUAUAAUAAAACAAUUAAUAUAGAGGAAAUCAAGGAGAAGAAUAUGCAAAACAUAAAUAAUUUAAAAUAUAAUAUGGAAAACAAAGACAAUGAAAGUAAUCAUUAUACAAAAAAUGAAGAAACUGAAAAUGUUCAUAAAGAAAAUAAUUCAAAUACAAAUGUAGAAAUAUUUAAGGAGUUUGAAUAUAAAGAAAACAAAAAAAUUAAUACAAAUGAUACAAAUAUGAAAAAGACACUUGAAGAAAAAAAUGAAGAAAUAUCUGAAAAAGUAAAUCAAAAUGUAUAUGAAGAGGUAAAUGAUAAAGAAAAUAAAAAUGAAUAUUCCAAUGAAAAAAUAAAUAUUAAUAUAAAUGAAGGUAUGGAAGAAAAAGCAUGUAACUUUAUACCUAAAAAAACUGAUGAAGAAAUAAACAAAAAUAUAUGUGAAGAAAUAAGUGAUAAAUCAAAUAAUGAAGUAAUUAAAAAAAUAUUUGAAAAAAAAAAUGAAAAAUCAGAUAAAGAAAUCAACGAAGAUAAAUGCACAGUUAUAAAUGAAAAAGAGUAUGAGAAUACAAAAAGAAAAUCAGAUAAAGAAGGAAAAGAAAAUAUUUGUGACAAUAUAAAUGAAGAAAAGAAUCAAAAUUUAAAUGAAAAAAUAAAAGAAUUAAAUAACGAAAGUGUUAAUAAAGAUGAAAUAAAGAAAAAUGAAGUAGAAGGAACAAAUAAAGAAUUAAAAAUAAAUUCAAAAAAUUUUAUAAAAUAUGAUGAAACAUUAUUUGAAAACUUUUACAAUGAUAUUUUUCUUAAAAAAGGAAAAAUUGUUACACAUAAAAGAAAAAAAUAUUUUUUAACUUAUAAAAUUAUAAAAGAUUGUUAUUUUCGUAUUUUAAUUUUAAAUAAUGAAAAGUUAGAAAAAAAUAUACUUCAAAUAAUAGCAAUACAAGAUGUUGUUUUAAGUGAUAAAAAUGUAAAAAUUGAAAGUGAUACUUUAUAUGUAAGGAAUAAUGAUAAGUUAUACGCUAUUAACUUUUUGAAAGUUUUUUGUUUAAAAUAUUUAAAAAAAUUAAAAACAAUAAGUGAAAUAAUAUUUUCUGAUUCUGACAUUUAUACUAAAGGAAAGGAGAAACAUGAAAUUUCUGAAGUUCUCAAUACAUUUGAAAAUACAUCGGGUAUUAAUAUAAAAAAAGAAAAUAAUGUAGAAAAAAAUACGAAUGAAAUAAGUUCUUCCUAUAAUAAUAUUAAUGAAAUAAAUUCAUUUAACAAAAAUUCUGAUGAAAUAAACUCAGUUAAUAAGAAUGGAGGUAAAAUAAAUAUUAUAAGUAAUAAUAUAAGUGAAGAAAAUUUAUCAAAAGAAUAUAAUGAUAAAUAUAAAGAAAACAAAUUAACUGAGAAUACAUUAAACAAUUUGAAUGAUAAUUGUUGUAAAAGAGAAAGGGAGAUUAGGAAAACAACAAAAACUAUUGAAAAAGAAAAAAAUCAUAAAAAAAUAAAAGAAAAUUUUAAAAAUAAUGCUAUUAAAGAAGAAAAUAUGUUUUCUUACAAAAAUACAUAUGAUGUUAAUAAUAAAAAAAAAAGUUUAAAUAUUAAAAUAAAAAAAAAAAAAAGUUCCAACAGUACAUCAAAAAAGAGAAAGGUAAGUGUAACAAAUGAAAAUAUUACUGAUAAUUUUAAUUUAAAUAUAAGAAAAUAUAAAAACAGAAAUAAUUUGAAAAUAAAAAGGAGAAAAGGAAAUUCUAAAGUAGAAGAAUGUAAUUAUUCAGGUUUUAUAUAUAAUGAAAAAAAAAAAUUUUAUUUUAAUGUUCAUAAAAUUAAAGAUAUAAUUAAUAUGAUAAGAGGAUCAGAAGAAAAAACAAGAUUUUAUUUAGAUACAAAUAAUAGUAAUAUAAAAAAAAAGUUAAAAUUAUUAAAAAAAGUUCAAAAUAUUCUUUUUUUGGAAAAUUUGAAUAUUGAUGAAAAUGAGGUACUUUUUAAAAAACCCAAAUUUUUUAAUUGUAUAAUAGAAGAAUCUUUAGAUAAUUAUAAUAUAAUAUAUCAAAUACAAAAUGGGAAAUAUCAUGUAUUUGAAAAUAAAUUAGAUGAAAUGAAAAAAAAAAAAAAAAAAAAAAUAGAAAACGACUCUUCUAACAAAUAUAUUGAACUAAAAGAUGAAGAAAAAGGUUUUAAAUAUAUUGGAUAUCGCGUAAGCUUUGAAUUAAAAAAAGAUAAUAAAAAAAAAAGACACGUUAAAAUAGGAAUUAUAAAAUACUAUUCUCCUAAAUAUAAGCAAUUUUUUAUUCAUCAUAUAGAAAAUUAUAGACUUAACAUACAAAGUGAUACACCAAAGAGUAUCAAUAAAGAAAUUAAUCAUUUAAAAAACAACGAUAAUUCAUUUUUGAAUACACGAAAAAAUACUAAUUCCAUUGAUAUGAAGAAAUAUACAGAUAACUAUAUGUAUAACUUAUGUGACAAUGCAGAUGCAAACGAAAAUAAUAAGAAUAAUAAAAUAGAUGAAAAUAAUAAAGAAGAGUAUAGCGAAAAACAUAUGGAGAAUAAGGAAGAAUUAUUUAUAAGUUACGAAAAUGUAAUAGAGGAAGAAAAUGAUAAAAAAAAAAAUGAUUUAAUUUUUUCAGAUAUAAAAGGUUGGUAUUCCCCAUAUUUUUACAAUAUAAAAAUAUUAAAAACUACUAAAGAAUUUGAAAGAUUUGAUAUAUUAGAAAAAUGUGAUAAAAAAAAGGAAAUGAAUAAUAACAUUUUAAAAGGAAAUGAUGAAUGCUCCGUUUGUAAAUGUAAAAUAUUAUUUAUGAAAGGGUAUGAUCAUUAUACUAAUAAUCUCUCUACAUAUAUUUAUGAGUUGAGUUCUGAAAAAGAAAAGAAAAGAAUGGAUGAGGAAAAUAUAAUAAAUGUAUAUUGGGGUGUCAAAUGUUUUAUUUGUUCUAAAAAAUUUCAUGCUAAUUGUUUAGAUGAUGAAGUUAUUAUAACUAAAAGUUACGAUAAAAAUAUUUUAAUGAAGGAGUAUAAAAAAUAUAUUUAUAAAAAUAGUUUAAAAAAGGAUAAAAAGUGUUUCAAUAUUGAAAAAGAAAAAAGCUCUAAAAAUAUAAACAAAAUAGAGGAGAAAAUGAAAAUUAAGGGUAAUUCAAAUGAACAAAAAGUAUAUAGAAAAAAAAAAAAUAUAAAUAGCAGUAAUAAUAAUAAUAAGAAUGCAAAUAAGAAUGAUAAUUCAAUUAAUUACGCAAGUAAUUCUAAUUGCCAUGAUUCUUCUUUUGAUCCAUCACAAAAGAAUCAUGAGAAAAAUAAACAGAAUAAUUUUAGUAAGGAUAAAAAUGAAAAUGUUGGUAAUAAAGACCAUGAGAAAAAUGAUGCAGGUAUAUGUGACACAAAUUGUGUGCAAAAUGAUGAAUUAAAUGAGAUUAAGAGUGAUUGUAUAAAUGAGAAUAAGAAUGAUUUCAUUAAUGAUUGCAAAAUAGUUGAUGAAUUUAGUGACAUAGAUGCAAAUAAUAGUAUGAAAACAAAGAACAAGAAAUAUAGAAAAUGCAUCAAUUAUAUUCCAUUAGUGAAAUAUAAUGAUGUAACAUAUAAAAAAUUUAUUUGCAAAGAUUGUUAUCGUUGUAUAUACUGUUGUGAAAGUAUUUAUAAUUAUAAACAAACACCCAAUAUAGCUAAUUAUGUAAUUUGUAAAAAUUGUCAUCUGGUAGCUCAUGGAUCUUGUUGUUUUCCAAAUGUUCCAGAUAUAUAUUUAUUUAAUUGGAAAUGUGAUGACUGCUUAAAAUGUAAUAAAUGCAAUUAUUCGAAUUUAUGUUUUAUAAAUUACAAUGAGUGGGAGUUUCAUUUAGAUUGUUGUAUAAAUUGUUAUAAAGAAUAUGAAAAAAAAAAUUUCUGUAUUAUUUGCAAUGAAAAGUAUGAAAUGAAUGACAGUAGUAAAUGGGUACAAUGUGAUGUUUGUAAAUUUUGGAUACAUUUAAAUUGUGAUAAAAAUGAAAAUAGAAAUAUAGAAAUAUUAUCAAUUAAAAAUAUUAAUUAUAAAUGUCCAACUUGUAGUUAUGGUUCUUUUCAUGAUAAAAUUGAAAGAAUUUUAUAUUUAUUAUUUUUAUUAGAUAAAUAUAAAAAUUUUACUUUUCAUGUACCAAUUAAUUUUUAUAUAUAUUGGAGAAUUGUAAAAAUUCCUAUGAAUUUAUAUAUAAUGAAGAAAAAGAUAUGGGAGAAAAAAUAUAACACUAUUUUAGAUUUUUUAUAUGACUUUAUUUUAAUUAUACAUAAUGCAAAAACAGUCCAUAUGCCUAAUACUUCCAUAUAUAAAAAUGCUUGUAAUUUUGAAAAAAAAGGUAAAGUUAUUAUUAAAAAUAUGUUUAAUAUGAGCAACGAAGAAUUAAAUAAAUACAUUGCAGAGUGUUUAGAUAAAUAUAAAAAAGUUAUUAAUGAAGAAGCUAAUAACAAUGAUAUUAUUAAAAAUGACAAUGAUAUUAAAAAUAGUGAAACAACUUUUACUAGUGAUGCACAUAAAUUAGGAAGUGGUAAUAAUUCAGGAAAAGAAGAUACCUUUUCUAAAACAAAUGAAUAUUUGAUCGAUAGAAAAAAUAUUUCAACAGAUGAUUCGAUUAUAAAUACUAAAAAAGAUAAUGAAUUAAGAUAUAAUAACGAAUCAUUAAAUAUUUUAGAAAAAAAAAAAAUAAAUUUAACCAAUAACAAUUCUGUAGAAAGAAAUGAUUAUAUACUUAAUAACAUAGAUAACAAUUUUAUUAAAUCAAAUAAUCCUCAUGAAGAAAAUAACAGUACACAUUUUUUUAGUAAUGAUCAUGUAAUUAAUAAAACAAAUAGCAAUAAUGUAAACAAUACUUCUGAAAAAAUAAAUGUUGAAGAUAUUAAUAAUAUAGAUUAUAAUAGUAAUUUAUGUGAUAUGAAAUCUGGUGGUAUAGAUAAUGAUUGCAUAAAUAAAGAAAAAAAAUUAUUUUUAAGUUAUGAAAAUAAUAAUAUUAAUAAUGAUAUAAAAAAAGAAGAUAUAUUCUAUGGUAUUAAAAUUAGUAGUAAUAAUAAAAAUAUUUUAAAUGAUAGUAUUUAUAAAAAGAGAAAAUUAGAAAAUAUAGAAAAAGAUAUUACACAUUGUGAAAUACAUGAAUUAUUUAACUUUAAAAGUAAUUCUUUUUUUAUACAUAGAAAUAAAGAAAUUUUUGAAUCAUCUGAUAAUUAUGUCACUAAUUACAACAUUAUUAAUAUAAGUACAACUAGUAAAAUUUAUUUUAAUAGAAAAUUUGACAAAUAUGAUGAUUUUGAUGUUUGUAAAAUUCUUAAAGUUCAUAUAUUGAAACAUUUUAAUAAAAAUAAUAUUGAGAUUAAUGAAAAUAAAAAUGAACAAGGAAGUAUCUUACUUAAACAAGAAAAGGAUUAUAAAGAUAAAAACUUUAAAGAAAAUGAAUAUGAAAAUAAUAUAAUUAAAAUAAAAUCAACGGAAAAAGAUAAUAUAGAACAAAAUGAAUAUAAAAUAAAAGAAGAAAGAGACGAAAUAAAAGAAAAUCAAGAAGUUGGAAUUAAUUUAACUGAAAAAAAUAUAAGUGAAAUAAAUAAAGAUGAAAAAAAUUUUAAAAAAACUGAUAAUAUUAUUAAUGAGAGUAUUGACUCAAAUUUAUUCAUAAGUAAUGAUAUUUUUAUGAUUGAUGUUUUGAAAGAAAAAGUAAAAUCUAACAAUAUGAAAAGAGAGCAAAAAAAAAUUGUAAGUCCAUUAAAUAAUAUAUUUAAUUUUUUAAAAUGUAUUCAAAUAAUUUUUUUUGAUAAAAAAACAGAAUAUAAUAAAAAAAAAAAGGUAUCUACAAUAAAUAAAAAUCAUAAUAAUUAUGAAAAUGAUGAAAUUUCAUUUAAUCAUAAUAACAAUACUAGUAAAUUUAUAGAUGAUUCAUUUAACAAUACAAUUCCUUUACAUAAUAAAAAACACAAUUUAAUUCCUACUAAUAUUCUUAAUUCAGUAAAUUAUUAUUGUUUCUAUGAUGAAAUUAUGAAAAAAAAAGGAAAACAAAUUAAGUUAUACAAAAAUGAUAUAUUAAAGGAAUAUUGUCAUAUUUGUGGGUCAAUAGAAUAUAAAAAUUCCUUUUUAUUUUGUUCAGUAUGUGGUAUUUCUUUUCAUUACUCAUGUGUAAAUAUAUUUCAUCCAUUUUUAUUUAAUUUAAAUGAUUUUGAUGAUCAUAAAAAGGAGAUAAAUAAUAUUUUAAAUGUUUUAACUAGGAAUUUUAAAUGCAGUAAUUGUAUUAAAUGCGAUAAAUGUUAUAACGUGUUUGACGAAACUAUUAAUGAUUCACUCUAUUUUAAAAUAAAAAAUUUCAAUGUUUUUAAUAACAUUUUUAAAAACAGAACUCACAUUUAUCUAUAUAAUUUAAAGAUAGAAUUUCUUUCAUUAAAAAAGAAAAUAAAUAGUAAAAAAAAAGAAUGCUUAAAAGAUAAAAAAUCAGAUGAGAAUGUUGAAAAAAAUAUAGAUAAAUAUCAAAAUGACCAAGAUAAAAGUAUCUAUGAAGCUAAAUUAACAUCAAAUGAUAACCUUCCUAAUGAUUUAUAUUCAUGUAAAGAUCAAGUAGAAAAAAAAAAAGAAAGCAAAAAUAGUCAAGAUGAAGAAAAAAAUUGUGUUUCCUUUUUUAAUAAACAACAAAAAAAGAAACAAAUUGAAAAUAGUAAUUAUUGCAAUGAUAUUAAUGAUUUUAAUAAUUCUAUUAAGAAAGAUAAUAGUUUAGACAAAAUAUAUAAUGAGAAUAAAUUAAAAGUACAAAAUAAUACUACUGAAAAAGAUUUACAUAGAAAAAAAGAAAAAGAAAAAGAAAGUGUAGCACACAUUAAUCAAAGAAAGUUUGUAAAAAUAUUAAGUGUUCAUGAUGAAACUUCUAAAAUAUUUAAAUGUUUCUGCUGUGGAAAAUCAUCGCAUAAUGAAUGUUUUUAUGCAAUUGAUAAUAAUACUAAUGAUAUUCUGAAAAGUAAAGUAAACAUUUCAAAAAGAACACUGAAAAAUUUAACUAAGAAAAAUAAAUAUGUAAAAAAAAACAAUUAUAAAAAAACUGGGAAAUAUAAAAGAAGUAAAUCAUUGAAUGAAUCAAUAGAGAAAUUUCAUGUUAUGAAUAAUACAUAUGAUAAUGUAGAAUAUGAUAAAGUUUUUAAUGAAAAUAUCAAAACAAACAAUUUUAAAUCCAAUAUAUUAGAUAAUAGUUUAUCAAAUUGUAAUACAGAAAAUUCUUUUACGAAUGAUAUUUUUAAUAAUAAUGAUAACAUUAAAACAAACAAAAAUAAUAAAUCAAAUGGUAAUGAAAAAAAUAAUGAUGAUUUUAUUGAUAAUUUAAAAUUAAAAUGUGAAUCUACUAAGUUGAAUAAUUGCAUUAAGAAGCAACAAAAUUUUCAAUUUUAUAAUAUGAACAAUAAUAAUGAUAUAAAUACAUAUAAUAAUGUUAAUAUGCAUGUGAAUAACAAUAUUAUUAACAAUAAUGAUAUUAGUACUAGCAUUUAUACUAUUAAUGAUGUUAAUAAUGAUACUAGUAUUAAUGAUAAACCUUUUAAUAUUAACAAUAAUAUUAAUAAAAUUGCAAAUAAGAAUAAUUUUCACGAUAAUAUUAUUAACAGUGAUAUUUAUGUCAAUAAUAAUUUUAAUUUCACUAAAGAUAGCAAUAGUAACAUUAAUAAUAAUAUUAACAUUGAUAAUAAUAUUAACCAUGAUAAUAAUAAUAAUAUUAACAUUGAUAAUAAUAUUAUUAACAUUGAUAAUAAUAAUAAUAUUAUAAUUAUUAAUAGUAAUAGUAAUUAUAAUCAAACUAUUAAUAAAAAUUUAGAAAAUGCUUUGAAGGAUCACGAUUUAAUAAUGGAAAAAUUGAAAGAAUAUAGAAUAAAUAAGAAUAAUAUUUAUAUAGAUAAAUUUUCUAAUAAUUUAAUUCUUAAUAAUGAAUUUAUCGUUGAUUGUUUUAAAGUAGAUCCAUGUGACAAAUUAAAUAAUGAAACUAUAAUUAUAAAUAAAAAAAUAUUUAAUAAAGUUAUUUUAGAUAAGAUUUAUGAAUUAAUAAAAAAAAAAAAAAGAAUUAAACUAAAAAAUUUAUUAAACUUAUUUAAAAUAGAUGAAUUUAGAGGUAAUUUUAUUAUCUACGAGAUUUUAAAUGCAUUGAAUAUAUAUCUUAAUGAAAAGCUAAGUGUAUAUAAAUUAUCUAAACUUGAAAAAAAUGUAAAAAGAGAAAAUACUAGAAAAAUAAAAAAUGAAAAUAUCAGUUUGUUUGAUACAAAUCUUAUUUUAAAUAAUCGAGAUGAAAUAAAUAUUACGAAAAAAGUAUUAAAAAUACAAUCAUUGAUAACAGAUAUUUUAUCAAAUGCCUUAAAUGGUAAAAUAAUUAACAAAAAAAAUAAAAUUAAAAAGUAUCAACGCUCAAAUAAUAAUAAGAGUUUAGAUAGUAAUAAUAAUACAAAUAAAAAUGAAGAUAAUAAACAUAAUAAUUAUAAUAGUAACAGUAAAAAUAUGUUAUUAAAGAAAAAUAAACAAAAUUUAUUAGAAUUACAUAAUUAUCCAACCCAUAGUAAUAGUAAUAAUAUUAAUAAAGAUAUGCCAAAUGAAAUAGCAUUUUGUGAUACAUAUAAUACAAGUGAUUUUAAAAAUAUAAAUAGUAUUAAUAAUUUAAAUAUUAUGGAAAAGGUAAAUUCAAAAAUUGUAAAUAGUAUAAAUAAUGUAAAAGAUAUAAAUAAUUUAAACAGUAUAAAUAACAUAGAUGAUAUGAAUAAUAUGAAAACACAUAAUAGCUCACUUUGUAGUACUGUGAGUUAUUGUAAUGAAAUAAAAAAAAAUUCUAUUCAAUUGAAUGAAAACGUCUGUGAAUUUCCUUAUAAUUUUAAUAAUUUCAAUGAAUCAAAUUUUAAAAUUAUUGAUUCAUCUAAUAAGAACAUUGAAGAAAGUGUAAAUUCCAAGAUAAAUUAUAAUUCGAUUUGUUAUAAUAAAUUAAAUAACUUAACUGAUUUAAAUAAAUCAAAUAAUAUAAAUAUUAAUAUGAAUAAUUUAAAUAAUUUAGAUGGAUGUAAUACUGAGAAAAAUGAUAUUCAUAAUAUAAGUACUUUUAGUAAUAAUUUUAAUAAUAUAAAUAAUUUGAAUAUUUUAAAUAAUACUAAUAAUGUGAAUAAUAUAAAUAAUUUUAAUGAUGAAAACAUAUUAAACAGUAAUAGAAACUUUAAUAAUAGAAAUAAUAUAGGUAGUGUAAAUAAUUUAUAUAAAACAAAUAAUACAAAUAACAUGAACAAUAGUGAAUAUAUGAAUAAUUCAAAUAAUAUUAAUGAUAUGACUAUUAUAGAAAAUGUAAAAAUGUUAAAUAGUAAUAAUGCUUUAAUAGGUGUAAACAACAUGGAAAUACAAAAUAAAUUUAUUAACUUUAAUAAUAUGAAUAAUUUAAAAAAUAUAAAUAAUGAAAGUGGUUUUAGUGAUAUGAAUAAUUUAAGCAACACAAAUUGUGUAACUAAUUUUUGUGAUUCAAAUAAUUUGAAAAAUAUAGACAAUUUAUAUAACUUUAACAAUAUGACGAAUUCAAAUGAAGUCAAUAGUAUAGAUAAUUAUAAUGAUAUAAAGACUUUUAAUGAUUUAAAAAAUGUAAAUGGAACAAAUAAUUUAAAUGAUAUGAAUAAUAUAAAGAGUAUUAAACAUUUUAAUAAUAUAAAUGGUUUCAAAGAUUAUAUUCCACAUAAUUCUAUGAAUGUAAAUGUGAAUGUAAAUGAAUCGAAUUUUCAAUAUUCAUCAUAUAUACCAAAUAAAAUGGAAUAUAUAACAAAUAAUAUAUAUAUAGAUGAAAAUAUAAAUCAAUCCGGUUCAUUUAACCAUGAUAUGGAUGUAUAUAAGAACAAUUAUUAUUUUUAUAAUAAAAUGCUUCUUAAUAAUAAUCCCAAUAGCAAUGACAAUUUAAAUAUAAAUACCACCACCACCACUGAUUAUAAUUUUUUGAAAAACAAAAAUAAUAAUUUUGUCAUGAAUAAGAAUAAUAUAUCUUACAAUCAAAUAAAAAAUGAGAACAGUGAAAUGAAUGAAAAUUUAAUAAAUAACAAUAAUCAUUUUAUAAUUAAUGAUAAAGAUAAUUUCAAUAAUAAUGGAAAUUUGGAAUAUAUUAAAAAGGAUGAUAAUAAUUCUUUUCAAAAUAUUAUAUUUCAGAAUUCCUCCGAUAUGUAUCAAAUAAAUAGAGAUAAUAAUUUUAGUAGAAAAUAUUACCUGAACAAAACAGAUGAAAAUCAUUCUUUAAAUAAUGUAAAUACUUUGAAUGAUUCCUACAAUGUAUAUAAAAAGGAUAACAACAAAAACAUGAAAGGUUACUCAAAUUUAUUAAAAAGUAGUACAUUGAAUUAUGAUAGUACUCCUUACACUGAUGGUAAUAGAAAUGCAUUCUGCACAAAUAACUUGUAUCAAACUGAUGAAUUAACAAAUAAUAUUAAUAAUGAUAAUAAUAGUACUAAAUAUAAAACAAAUGAAUCAAAUAUAAAUAAUGUAAACGAAAGAAAUAUUUUCUUUCAAAACUUUGAUGUUGUAAAUAGUAAUACUAAUAAUACAAUUAAUGAUUCGUAUAAUGAAAAUAAUUUAAAAAUAAAAACAGACAAAAUAAUUGUAAAAAAAUUACAGGAAGGUGAAAACAAAUAUAAAAUGACUAUAGAAGAAUGUGAUAAAGUUAUUCACAAAAAUUCAGAGCCUUAUGAAAAUAAUAGUAAUAAAGAGAAUCAUUUAAAAUUGGAUAACGAAACAAAAAAUGAAGAGAAUAAUUUUUCUUAUGUAAACUCAAACAAAAUUGAAAAUGAUGAAAAAAUAGGAAAUGAAUAUGAAAAUAAUUAUAAUUUAAAAUUCUCCGAAAAAAAUAUAAAUGAUGAAAUGUUAAAAGGAGAAAAAAAAAUAAAGAAGAGAAAAUUAUUUCUUGAUUAUAAGAAUGUAUUAAUAAAAAAAGAAAAAUGUUUUAUUGAUAGUAACUUAAAAGAAUUAGAUGACAAUAAUUUAAAUAAUAUAAAUGAUAAUGUAAAUAAAAGUGUAGAAAAGAUAAAGUAUGAAAGAAAUGUCUUUAGUGGUGAUAUAAAUAAAUUGACAAUUAAUAAUGAAACAAAAAAUGGAAAAAAAAAAAAAACAAAAGAAGAAAAAGAAAGAGAAAAGAAAAUGAAAGAGGAAAUAAAAAAAAAAAAGAAAAAAGAAAAACAAAAAGAAAAGGAGAAAGAAAAGAGUAGAAAAAAGGAAAUGAAAAAUAACAAAAAAAAAGAUAAACAAAAAGAAAAAAAAAAAAAAAGAAAUUCCUCUAUUGAUCAAUUCCAUCUUAAAAAUAAUAGUUCUACUGAACUUUCAGGUGAUGAUAAUUUAAUUUGCAAAAGCAUGUCUAAUGAGGAAUUUUCUACUUAUCAUAAUAAAGAAAAAAAAAUGAAUAUUCAUGGCAAUAAUAUAUCGGAUGAGUUAUCUUCACAUUCAUGUUUUUUUGAAUCUAUUGAAAAUGGUUGCUUAAUUAAAGAUAAUUAUAAAAUAGAUAUAAAAAACAUGAGAAUUAAUAAAUUAACUAACUUUUUAAAAAAUAAUAAAUUCAUAUUGAAGUCAAAGUUCAAGAGAAUUACCCCCAAUACAUACAUUUGUCUUAAUUGCAUUACAUUAUAUAAGAAUGAUUUUUCUUUUAAUUUUUUUAGUGAUGAACUUGCAGAAUUUGAAAAAUGUUUAAAUAAAAAUGAUAAUGAGGCUUGCAUAAUGGAUGCAAAAUGUAAAAUUAAUAUUAAAAACUCUAGCUUAAUUAAAAAAGAAAUUAAAAAAGAGGGUAAAAGAACAUAUAUAAAAAAAAAAAAAAAUAUUAAUAAUCAUAAUAAUAUAGAUAAUGAAAAUGGUAAUAAUGAUAUAAAUAAUGAAAAUAAUAAUAAUAAAGAAAUUGAUAAUAUUAUAUAUAAUUCAAUUAAAAAUGAAAACAAUAUAAAUAAAAAUGAAGAUAGUAUAAUUAACAAAAUUGAUAAUAUUACAAAUAAUUCAAAUAAAAAUGAAAACAAUAUAAAUAAAAAUGAAGAUAGUGUAAUUAACAAAAUUGAUAAUUUUACAAAUAAUUCAAAUAAAAAUGAAAACAAUAUUAAUAGGAAUCAAGAUAAUAUAAUUAAAGAAACUCAUGAUGUUAUAAAUAAUUCAAGCAAAAAUAUUAGUAAUAUAAAUGAAGAAAAUGAAAAUAAUAAAAAUAAAAAUGAAAACAUUGUGAAUAAAAGUGAAAAUAAUAUAAAUAAAGAAACUGAUAAUAAUAUAAAUAAUUCAAGCAAAAAUAUUAGUAAUAUAAAUGAAGAAAAUGAAAAUAAUAAAAAUAAAAAUGAAAACAUUGUGAAUAAAAAUGAAAAUAAUAUAAUUAAAGAAACUGAUAAUAAUAUAAAUAAUUCAAGCAAAAAUAUUAGUAAUAUAAAUGAAGAAAAUGAAAAUAAUAUAAAUAAUGAAAAUAGUGUAAAUAAAGAAAAUGAUAAUUAUAAGAUGAAUAAUUCAAAUGAUAAAUUUAAUAAAACAAUUAAUGAUAAUGAUGAAAACAAUAAUAGUAACAAUUCUUAUUAUGAAACUAAUGAGAAGUAUAAGCAAAAGUGUAGUGAUUAUAUUAAAGAAAUAAUAAAUAGUAAAAAUGAAAGAGAAGAAAAAAGCACAGAAUUAAGAAACAUUAAUAAUUUGGAUAAUAAAGAAAACAAUAAUUUUACACAAGGAAAUGUUGAAAAUGACACUAUCAUAUAUAAUAAAGAAAAAAAAAUAUAUAAAAAAAAUUAUAGUAGAGUUAAUAUACGUAAAAAUAAAAGUAAAUAUUUUCAAAUAAAUAACGAAAAAGGUAUCAAAUAUGACCGAGAAUGUGUAUACUGGAUAAAUAAAAUAUCACUAUAUAAUAAUUUAUAUUUUAAUCAUAACUAUUUAAAAAAAAAUAUAAAAAAACAUACGAAUAUAAAUUAUUUUUUUAAAAAUAAACUAAAUUUUUAUAAAUGUUCUAUUUGUUGUAUGCUUUUUAAAUGGAAUACUGAAAAAAAUGAUAAUAUAAUAGAAGAAGAAAAUGAUAAUUUCAAUUCAUUAUAUAUAUGCAAUUUAUGUAGUUUACGUUAUGAUUAUAUUUUAAAGCUUUUAGCUUUUGAUGAAAGUUGUAUAAAUUUUAAUAAUAUUAACAAAGAAGAAAAUAUAGAAGGAAAGUUGUAUGAACUUUUAUACUUCAUAAUAAAAAUGAAUUAUAAUCAUAUUUAUAAAAAAAAUGUAUAUAAAGAAAUGUAUAAUAUGUUAGAUGAAAUCUUUAAAGAGAAUAUCAAGUUUCCAUAUAUCUUAAUAUUCUAUAAUAAUUUCUUUAAGUAUGAAGAAUUUUAUCUGUUUUUUAUGAAUAAAAUAAAGAAAGAUGUUUAUUUUAAGAAAAAAUUUUUUAAAAAAGAUAUUUAUAAAUCGUGCAGUUUUUCAAACUUUUAUACUAUGAAGUAUAUGUUAGAUUUAUUUCAUAAAAAAAUAUAUAAAAAUAAUUGCACACAUAAUAAAACAUUUACAAAUUUAUUCAAUGUAUACAGCAUAGCACGAAAAACUUUAUUUUUAUAUUUAAAUAAAUCAAAUAAUUAUUUUGAAGAAAUUGUUAAUCAAUCUAUAUACUUUUUAUAUUUGUAUUACUUAUAUAAAUUAUAUAGGAAUGCGAGAAAAUAUUAUACUCAUUUAGGAUUAAGUAGAGAAUUCAUAACAUUUAAUAAUGACAUAAAAAAAGGAAAAAAAAAAAAAAAAUAUGACAAUAUAUCCAUUAAAAUUAAAAAUAAUGAUUUAUUUGAAAAUAUAAAACGAAUUUUUAAUGAAAAGGAAUCAGAAGAUUUUACAUUUGAUAAAUGCAAUGAAAAAAGAAGAAUCAUGUGUAAUAAUGGUAACCUUAAAAGUGAUAAUAAUAAUAAUGACAAAAAAAAGAGAAAUAAUAUGUAUAAAAAGGAAAAUAAAGUAGAAUCAAACGUUGAUUUAUGCGAUAAAGAAAUAUUAAUGAGAAAAAAAAAUUCUUUUAGUAAUUCAAAUAAUGUAAUAAAAAAAAUUAAUAAUAAAGAUGCCUUUGAAAAAAAAGUUAAGGAUUAUGUAAAAAAAGUGAAAUUUACAAUAAAAAAUAAAUUAACAUUGUAUGUAAAAAUUAUGCUAUACAAAUAUAUUGAAGAAAGCUUAUGUUUUUUAAAAUAUGAAAACAGUGUAGAGAGUAAAAAAAAAAAUAGUAAAAUAUGUUUCUUAUGUAGUUUUGGUAAUUAUUUAUAUAAAGGAAAAUUAAUUCCUUUUUAUAAUUUAUAUUUACAUAGUGAAUGUUUAAAGUGGAGCUUAAAUUGUAUACAAUAUUAUAAUUUUAAUAGUAAUAAUUGUGAAUAUAAUUUUAUUAAGGAAAAUGAAGACAUUAAAAAUAAAAUGUUAUGUGGUGAAGAGGAAAAUGUAAAAUUAUGUGAAAAUAAAAAGAAUAAAAAUAAAUCAUUAGAUAAUGAUUCUAAUUAUAAUAAGGAUGCAAUUAAAAAUUUUAAUUAUGUUGGCUGUAAUAAGGAUUUAAAUGAUGAAAAUAAAACAUGUAAAAAUAUAGAAAGUGUUAAUCAGGAAAAUCUAAAUUGUAUGAGUUCUACAAAAUGUAAUUCUUUAAAGGAAAAAAAAAAUACAGAGGAAGGAAAUUUUAAUAAUAAUAUAAAAAGUGUAAAAUUAAUGGAUAAUUGUGAAUGGACAGAAAAUAAAAAUUUCUUUAAUUUAUAUGAAAAUAUGAUUGAAAUAGAAGAAGAUGAUAUAAAAGAAAUAAUUUUUGAUUCUGUUAAUUCUGUUUGUUUUUUAUGUGGUUAUAAAAAUGCAAGUAUAUAUUGUAGUAAUGAAAAUUGUAAUAUAAAAUUUCAUUUAAAUUGUGCUUUCUAUUCAACAGUUGUAAGAAAUUUUAGUAAAAAUCAUUUUUUUCAUUAUUUGAAAUGUUUUAACUUAAUUAAAUUCAAUAAUGACACAAUUUUUUAUAAUUUCAACGAUUCAUCAAGUAGCAAUAAAGAAAAUAAAGAAAUUUUUGAAAACCGUUAUAAAGAUAUUUUUCCUGUUCAUAUAAUAUAUAAAAUGAAAAAAAUAUGGUGUAAUAAAUGUUGGAAUUUAAAAAAAGUAUACAACACCCUUUAUAUAGAAAAAAAAAACACACAUAGUAAUAAUAACGAAUAUUAUGAAAAAAAUAAAAACAAUAAAUAUAUAAAUGAUUCAGAUAAUUGUUCAAGUUAUAAUAAUAAUGCUAAAAUUAAAAUAGAAAAUGAUAUAUAUACAAAGAAUUAUUUGAGUUAUAUUAAUACUAAAAAUAAUGAUAACGAAAAUAAAGAUAUCAAUGAAAAAAAAGAUAACAUAAAAAAAUUAAAAAAUAGAAAUUUAAUUUUAAAUAAAAAAUCAGAAUGUGCAAAAACAAACAUAAGUAAAUUAAUGAAUGAAAAUGAAACAAAACAAAAUUAUCAUAUGAAUAAAAAGGAAUUAUUUAAGUAUUUAAUCCAUUUUUAUUUUGAAGAUGACUCUUACUAUGUUUUUGAUCAAAUUUUAUAUAGUAUAAAUCAAUGUAUAAAAAUAAAAUAUAAAAAUAAAUCAUUAAAUGUAUUACAAGAAAAUUUAAAUAAAAAUAAAAAAAUAGAAUUAAAAAUGCAAGAAAUAGAAAAAUUCAUUAAUAAAUAUAUUAAUAUAAAUAACGAUGUGAAUUUUAUUAGUGAUAGAUAUCAUUUAUUAUUUAAACAAAAUGUUAUGAAUAAAUCACAUAAUGAUGGAAUAAAGGAUAAUUUAAAUUAUAUAAAUAUACAAAAUAUUAUUAAUCAUAAAAAUAUUGAAAAUAUAUUAAAAUGCUACUUUAUACUAAAAAAUUUCUUAUUUAUUGGAAAAAAUAUUACUCUAAAAAAUGAAGAAUAUUUUUUCCAAAAGAAAAGUGAAAAUUAUUUUUUGAGAAACAUAUAUGAUAAUGAUCAAGUAUACAAUAUAUAUUUACCGAAUGUAUUAAAUGAAAACAAAAUUAAUUCCAUUUUGAUUAAGAAAGAAUUAAAUUUAAAAGAAAAAUGUGAUGAAAAUACUAACAGAAAUUUGUUAAAUGAAGAAAAUUUAUUUAAUAAAGAAAAUGUAAAUGAAAGUAAUAACAAAAGUAAAUUUAUAACAUUUAUAGAUGAUAUUAUUGAAGUUGAUCAUAUGAAUUAUGAUAAUAAUACAACUGAAAGACCUCUGGAAAAAAUGAAAGUAAAUAAUUCAAAUCAAGAAAAAAAAGAGGAACGAAUAAAAAAUAUAAAUCUUUAUUUUGAAUUAAGUGAUAAAAUUAAAAAAAUAAGAAUAACAAAAUUUCAAGAUGUUUGUAAAUACGAUGAAAAAAGUGAGAAAAGCAAAAAGUAUGAAAAUUUUGAUGAAAAAAACGAAGAAAAAAAAAAUAAUUUUAUUUCAAAAUAUAAUAAUCCAAAUUCAGAAAAAAAUGAAAAUAUACUAGAAAUCAAUAAUAAAAAUGAUAUGAAGGAGAAAAAAGAAUACUUUUUAAAUAUGAUCAUAAAUAAAAAUAAUGAUGUAUAUAUAAAAAAAAUUAAUGAUAUAUAUUUCUCCAAAUAUAAAAAGAAUACAUAUAACAAUGUUAAUAAAUGUAAAUCAAAAAUUAUUAAGAUUGGAUGUCACAACAUUUUAAGUAUUGGUGAAAUAUUAAAAUAUGAUGGAGAAAAAAUGAUAUAUCCAUGUGGUUUUUUAAAUAUGAGAAUAUUUUUCAAUCUACCUUCUUUCUUUUUAUUUUAUAUUUAUAAAAAUGUGAAUAUUAAUGAUUUAGUUAUAAAAAAAAAAAUAUUAGAAGAAAUAUUUCUACAGAUACGAGCAACCUAUAUUUUUUCUAUUACAUUAAAGAAUAAUAAUUUCUUUUUCUCUGUUAUUUUAUUUCCUUUAAUAAGUAUAGAUUAUUUUUCAGAAGAAGAUGCAAAAAAAUUUAUUUUAGCAGAAGGUUAUGAUAUAAAUGAAGUUUAUAUGAAAUUUUUAUCUCUUUUUAAUUGUAGCUGUGAUAAAUACACAACUGACGAAUAUAUAAAAUUCACUAUGAAAUAUAAACAUAUAUAUAAGUAUUUGCAAAAUUAUAUUUAUAAAUUGGUUGAAUAUAAUAAAUUAAUUGACGUUCAUGAUUUUUUUGGUUUAACAUUGCCUUGUGUAAUAUAUCAAAUAAAAUACAAACUUUUCAAAUUUUUAUGGAAAAAUUUAAGUGAUAAAAUUAAAAAUUAUGUUAAAAAAAAAAAAGAACGAGAAGAAAGUAAAAAAAAGAUAAAGAAUAAUACAGGGGAAGUUAUUUAUAACGAUAAUUUGUUAUGUAAAUAUUCAAACUUUGAGGCAUCCAUUUUUAAAGAAAAUGAAAAAGAAAAGGAAAAAAGCAUGAGGAAAACAGUAAAAUAUAAGUAUAAUAUUAACAGUGCAAUGUCCUAUCGAUAUUUAAUGAAUAUUUCAUCAAAUUCUCGAUUGUAUGUAAAAAAAAGCAAUAUACAUGGAUAUGGGCUAUAUACCUGUGAAUUUAUUAAUGAAGGGGAGCCGGUUAUUGAAUACAUAGGUGAAUAUAUAAGAAAUAUAAUUAGUGAUAAAAGAGAAAAGUAUUAUGAUAAAAUUGAAAGUAGUUGUUAUAUGUUUAGAUUAAAUGAAAAUAUAAUUAUUGAUGCUACUAAAUGGGGUAAUGUCAGUAGAUUUAUAAACCAUAGUUGUGAGCCGAACUGCUUUUGUAAAAUUGUAACUUGUGAUCAAAAUUUAAAACAUAUUGUUAUUUUUGCAAAAAGAGAUAUUGUUGCUCAUGAAGAAAUAACAUAUGACUAUCAAUUUGGUAUUGAAUCAGAAGGAAAAAAAUUGAUUUGUUUAUGUGGUUCAAGUACAUGUUUAGGUAGAAUGAAUUAA